AGAAGCUGCUUAACAAUGGGCACUGUGGCCUCGACAAACUCUCGCACAUGGAUAUAAGACAUUGUCCGCAAGGCCAGCGCUCUUACAAGAGGGUUAGGGUCUUCCAUGUCCUGCCCAUAUCAUUAGCACAUCAACAACCAGAAGGUCGAAGAAAGGGGGUCAACCAACAUGUUCCAGAACAGGAAUCGCCUUCACUGCUACCUCGGGGCGCAUUCUCGCAUAGUUGACCAAGAACAAGAAGCACAUCUUUUUGAUUUCGAGAUUCUGAAUGCCCAUGCACCCAAUAAUAUCUGGAAACAGGGCCACCAUAUCGUUGUUGCUCAUGGUCAUAUUGGCAACAAUCUUUUUCAGCGCGAUCUUUUUCGUCGUGAAAUUCUUGUCCUUUUUGCUGCCGCUGUUCAACUCGAGGCGGAGCUCAGCGACUUUGCCCUGUGGUCUUUGUAAGUAAGUGGACGGAGGAAGAUAUGCCAUGAACAUCUUGAAGGCUUGGUGUUCAUGAUGUCGUGUUUCUGGUUGUUAUGGGUAGAAGAAACGGCAUGUGCUGAAAGGUGGUGAGGGGCAAGGAAUGUAGGGUAGCAACACGCAAUGCGAUAAGGCGACGAUGUUGCCCUUGGCCAGUCACCCAGAAGCCAUCCGUACAGCUCAGCUUGGUUGGGUGAGAUGGCUUCCCCCGCAAACCUGGACCAAGACCGCCAAACAAGGGAUUGUGUGCUUACCCGAGCAAAAAGCUUCGAAUCUCCUCCCUGUGCGCUCGCCAUGUUUGCUAUCUCGGAUUGUUCCUUCUUUUCUCUCACAAAAUAAUUUGAUACAACAACGGGGCGGACCCCUCACACCAAGCCCUGGAAAUGCUCUGCUUUCGUAGUCGUUUCCGUGUCUCUCGUUCUCUUUAUGAUAGACGCGCCAAGCUGAAGCUGGGUUCGGCAAGUUCUGGACUCCAAGGCGAUUGCUUGUUCGGUUCGCGCGUGGAAGUCAAGCCGGCAAGAUGGAUGCUUGUAGCUUUCGAUCUCGUCGCGUCACUAUUCUUGUAUUGUUGUUAAGAGCCCGAGUUGGUGUUGGUUUUGUUUCGUUGUUGUCUGGCUCGGGCGCCCCAGAAAGUACCGGACUUUGGAACCACCGGUAUUACCGUUCUUGCUAUCCAAUUCGAGAUUCAGCACAACGUCGGACGCUCAACGGUCGCAAAGUCGGUGGCGGUUUUAACUUGCGGCUCUGCCGGGAGCUCGAUAGAUGCGUUUAGUCGGUUCCGAUCCGCCUGAGUCGGGUGGUUGCGUGGAUCUCUCUUCGGGCAGUUGUUCAACAAUGGAGGCCCCUGAAAUUCAAAUUGCGCCAGGGCCAAUUCCAAGUCAAAGCCAAUGUGGAGAAUUGGUUCUGUGGGGAGUGGGGGAGCGGGUCCAGAACAGCAACGGGGUUCCACUGACACGGGAACAAGCAUGGUCCGCCAAGAAGCUUCCUGAAAUCCAUCCUAAAGCACGGACGCCAUUCAAUCUAGACAUCACCUUCAACAUUCAAGCCUCCAGGUCAAUCAACCACCAUCGCGACGCGCACUCCUCGACAUCAUCCCACCACAAUGCCAGCUACAACGUUACCGCCAUGGGCGAUUGAGCUCAAGAACCCCCCACCAUAUAAGCCCAAAUCGUCGAUCCCCGACCCCCCUGGCUAUCCCUCUUCGCAACCCUCAAACUCCAAAAAAGACAAGAAAACUGCCCCCAAACGCGACCCUCCAUCUCCCGAAGAAAUGGAUACCCUCAAACUCAAAAAGGCCUGGGAGGUUGCCCUCGCCCCGAUCAAGUCUCUUCCCAUGACCGCCAUCAUGAUGUACAUGUCCGGCAACUCGCUCCAAAUAUUCAGCAUCAUGAUGGUUGUUAUGGCUUUCAAGAACCCUAUUAUGGGAAUACUCGGCACGAACCAGGCGUUUGAGCGGUUCGAGACGGAGACUAACAAGGGCAAGGUGCUACAGGUGAAGCUCGUCUAUGUGGUCAUGCAAAUCGUGGCGCUUGCGCUGGGCGUUUGGAAGGUGAAUGGGAUGGGACUGUUGCCUACGACGAGGAGCGACUGGUUGGCGUGGGAGGCGCAGAGGGAACCGGUGGAAUUUGCGGUGCCAGGUUUAUGAAGCGAGCACGCUAUGUAUCAGUCAACAUGGAAGGGCAGAUCAUGUGUGAUCAAUUAUGUAUCGGCAGCCUAGAAAUAGAUGCGGUCCUCAUUAUCAUGUGUAGGAGAGAUGGUCUUAAUCUCAAGGCAAUAGGUCUCUUCAGACUAUCUCGUACUUUGUUCUCUUGAGAUCCUCGAAGCCAUGACGCAACAAGUCUGU